CAACGAUGCAAAUCCCGAGUUCAGAGGUGGGCUAACAACAUGCACAACAAACAUCGGGCUCCGGGGCACGGCGAACGUGGUGACGUCGCUUGCCAGCAUCGUAACCCCACCUUCGGCAUUGAAACACGCGCAGCUAUCAAGGAUCACGUAACACAACUUAACUUGAUCAAUAUCACACUAUAGCCUACUUGAUGCUCAAAUACUCAAGAAGCAUCAACUCUUACCUUCGACGUCAGCUCAGCCUCAAUCACACUUCGUCACACUGCCCAAGAUUACCCCUCCUACCAUUAACACAGGCAUUCGCAACAAUGGCCAACCUCAACAUCACCAUUCCUAAGUUGAAACUCAACGACGGAACCUCAAUGCCAAUGCUCGGCUAUGGUACCGGCACCGCCUGGUUCAAGACUGGAGAGGAAAGCAAGAUAGAUCAGGCUAUCAUUGAUUCAGUCAAGAUCGCAACCAAGUUGGGGUACACUCAUCUUGACGGUGCAGAGGUCUACAAGACCGAGACUGAACUCGGCACAGCCAUCAAAGAAAGUGGUGUCCCGCGUGAGAAGUUGUACGUUACUACCAAGGUGAACAAUGACAACAUCAACAACAUUGCUGGAGCUAUCAAGACCAGCUUGGAGAAGUUGCAACUAGAUUACGUCGAUCUGUACCUCAUUCACCAGCCCUGGUUCGCAGGCUCAGACGAAGACCUCCAGAGAGCAUGGGCAGACAUGGAAGCCGUGCAAGCGUCUGGUCUCGCGAAAUCCAUUGGCGUCUCCAACUACCUUCCCAGCCAUCUUGCCGCAACUCUCAAGACUGCCAAAGUCAAACCCGUGUGCAAUCAGAUCGAGCUCCACCCUUAUUUGCAACGCCCGGAGCUUCUGGAAUUCCACAAGCAGAACGGCAUCGCCACGACCGCCUACGCGCCUCUAACUCCUGCUACCAAGGCCAAGCCUGGCCCACUGGACGAUUACGUGGAGAAGCUGACGAAGAAAUAUGCGGUAAGCGAGAAUGAAAUCUACCUCAGGUGGUGCAUGGAUCAGGACAUUGUGCCGAUCACGACAAGCGGGAAGGAGCAGAGACUGAGUGAUUAUCUGAGGGCAACUACGUUCAAGUUGACACCAAGGGAGGUCAAGGACAUCAACGAGAUCGGACAGAACAAGCACUUCCGCGGAUUCUGGAACCAUGUCUUCAAGGGUGACGAUCGGUCGUAGUAGAGUCUCUAUUGAGCAGCACGUAGAUUUGGCCGACGCAGAGCUCUGAGCCUAUAUUAGUAUACAAAGCAGUGGUUAACCAGGGUAUCUCAUAUCGCUGUACAUGUCCAU